AGCUGUGCUGCAAUGAUCUGUCUGGACCUAUCUGCGGCCUUUGACACGAUUAAUCAUCAAAUACUCCUAGAAAGGCUAAAAAUGGAGUUUGGCAUCACUGACACAGCUUUGUCCUGGUUCAGUUCAUAUCUUUCAAACCGCCCCCAAUUUAUUAAACUUGGCACACUC